AUGGCCCCCCUGCUGAAGUGCCCCCGGCGCGCGCCGCCGCGUGUUGCAGAGCAAGGGUCGCUGACGAUCGUGCGCCGCAGCAGCGGGCGCGCGCGCGGCCGCCCGCCGCCGGGUGAUGAGGCGCUGGACGAGGUGGACAUGGCCACCGACAGCCUGCCGCCCGUCGACACGCCCGACGCCUGCGACAAGGCGGCGCUCAGGCUCCGUUGCCUGCUGCGCCAACUGGAAAAAGGCCAAGUGCCGGCCGAAGUGCUACAGCAGAACCUCAUGUACGCCACGCGCGUCUUGGAAGCCGUCUUCAUCGACGAGACGAAAUCGUCCGCCGUCGCUGACAGGCGGCUGGCGGACGACGACGACGAGCUGAGCGAGGUGCAGCCCGACGCGGUGCCGCACGAGGUGCGCGAGUGGCUGGCGUCCACGUUCACGCGCCAGCUGGCCACCACGCGGCGCUCCACCGACGAGAAGCCCAAGUUCCGCACGGUGGCGCACGCCAUCCGCGCGGGCAUCUUCGUCGACCGCAUCUACCGGCGCCAACAGCCGGUCAAGUUCCUGGGCUACGACCUCAUCAACCGGUACGGCAUCAUCCACAAGUUCAAGGUGCCGCCGGCCACGCUGGAGGCGUUCCUGUCGCGCGUCGAGGAGGGCUACUGCCGCUACCGCAACCCCUACCACAACAACCUGCACGCGGCCGACGUGUCGCACGCCGUGCACUACAUGCUCUGCCAGACGGGGCUCAUGAACUGGCUGACCGACUUGGAGAUCUUCGCGACGUUGGUGGCGGCGCUGAUCCACGACUUCGAGCACACGGGCACCACCAACAACUUCCACGUGAUGUCGGGCACCGACACCGCCCUGCUCUACAACGACCGCGCCGUGCUCGAGAACCACCACGUCAGCGCUGCCUUCAGGGUGGACAAGUCGAAGGCGCUGUCGCUGGUGCUGCACUGCUGCGACAUCGCGCACCCGGCCAAGCGCUGGGAGCUGCACCAGCGCUGGACAGCGCUGCUGCUGGAGGAGUUCUUCCGGCAGGGCGACCGCGAGCGCGACCUCGGCCUGCCCUUCUCGCCGCUGUGCGACCGCAACAACACGCUCGUCGCCGAGUCGCAGAUCGGCUUCAUCGAGUUCAUCGUGGAGCCCUCGCUCGCCGUGUGCAGCGACAUGAUGGAGACGGUGCUGGGCCCCAUCAUGGCCGGCUGCAAGACGGACAGCGCCGCCGGCUCCAUCGCCGAGGAAGGGUUGCCUUCGGCGCCGGCGCCGGCGCCGACGCCACCGCCCCGGCAGAGUUCGAGUGAAGGUCUUGCAGCCUCCACCAUCGCCCACAUGCAGUCGCCAUCAUCACCGUCGCCGCACUCACCACCGACAUCGCCUCAUCGUUUGCGGCCCUCGUGCUAG